GCAGAUGAACGAGCCGAUCGACUGCGCGAGACGCGAUGAGGUAUGAUUCAUAACCAGUAAAUCAUGGAUGAAACAUUGGAUUUUUGACAUUUCAUGCAACCCAAGCUCUUCAUAACUUUUUGAGAUGAAAUUUAUACUUCCAAUUUCUAUGGACUACAAAGUAAUACAGAGGCCUCAAGGCCAGAGAACGGGAUCAGAUAUGACGGAUGAGCUGAACAGGGCCUCAGCUGAACCGGAGACGACGAAACCGGAAGAGACUGUGCCGAUUGAAGCAGACGACGUUACUGACGGUGUGGAUAAUGCAUUGGGGAACAACAUGCCUGGAAAGGUGACGCCCGAAUCGGCACCUGAUUGGCUGAAGCCAAUGGAGGAGGAUGAAGAUGAUGGUGGUGAGGGUGUCAAGAGCAGUGAACGGAUCAUUAUGAAGACCAAUGAUGACGUGUAUGUGCUUAUACCUCAUUUUUGUUUACAUUUAGUGCAGAUUUCUUCUCCUGAGUAUGAUGGUGGUGAGGGUGUCAAGAGCAGUGAACGGAUCAUUAUGAAGACCAAUGAUGACGUUCCAAAAGUAAAGCGACGCAGAGGUCGGCCUCCGAUUGCCAGAAAUGUUAGACAUGGACUUACUCGUUUAGAUUUCAAGAAAGGAUUGCAUGCAGAUCUCCCUAAAACUAAGACUGUUCGUUCUCUACGGGAAAGAACGCGUUCAAGUCCCACAUCAGGAACUGCCAUUCCUGUCCCAGAUCCACCCCGCCGCACGCCUGAGGUUUUACCCAGAAAACCCCAGAGCAUCAUUCACAACUCGACAUCAACAUCUCAAAGACCCCGACUCAUCCCCGUCUCACCUGCAGGGGGCAGCAGCCUCUCCAAGACCCCCAACGCCGAAUUUCACAGCCCUCCGCGCCUCACAAGGGUCUCGCCGCUCAGUAUCGACACAUCGGUGACACGGAAUUUCGUUCACUCUCCAGCUGUAAAAGUGGGUAAUGUUUCCCAACAGAUUGUUUCCUCAACUGAACCUGGGAAAGAUGGCACUGAACCGCCCCUUCGACUCUGGCUUUGUCCUUCUCUGGAGCCCAUUAGCCCUACAAAAACUCAGGAUACGUUCUCAGAUCAGAUUGUAAAUUCACCAAAUUUUCCGGAGACUACGCUUAAUGGAACAGUGACCCUAAAGGAAAGUCUAACAGUGACCCUAAAGGAAAGUCUUUCUCUGCUCAGUGAAUGUGAAAGCUGUGGCUGCCAAUUUCCUGCUCAGAAGAUCGGAGACAUAAUGUGCUACAGAUGUAGGCCUAAAUCAGACAAGAAGCACUCUCCUCCAAAUAUUGUGUUUAGGAAGGUGGGGCAGGAUCAGUGGGAGGUUGGGAAAACAAAACAUCCAAGAAAACAAAUGCUGAAACAACAUCCCAAAUACAAGAAAAUGUUAAAAAUGGAUUUUGUCCCUGAUGGUGAUGAUGAUGAUGAUGAUGAUGAUGACUCGGUUGCGAAGAAACGCAAUCGCAGGAUGUGCCGGCAGUGUGUUGCGUGUCUUCGUGAAGACGACUGUGGCAAAUGCGACUUCUGCAUGGACAAGCCCAAGUUUGGUGGCAGUAACAAGAAAAAGCAGAAAUGCCGCUUACGUCAGUGCACGUUUCAGUCAAGGCUUCAUGGUCAAAGAACACAUGGAUUAUACUACAACAUGUCAGGCGUGCCGGCGGCUCCUUAUGUGCUUGGAUCAGUACCUCUGUGUAACAGCAAUCCAGUGCCGAUGGGUGAGGUUAUCAGCUCUCUGCCGAUGGGGGAUGAUGUGCCUCAGAACGGUUUUCUUCAGAUUGAGAUGGUGAGAGUGGGAUCACCACUGUCACAUUACACAGAAGAAGCUCAGAACACAGAACAGCACGUGUCAGAACCUCAGCAGGAGCCCACGCCGGUGAUCACUCAGAUCUUCAGUCUGGCGGGAGGAGAGAACGACUGCGACCGAGACCAAGGCCUGACGGAGCUGUUCACUUCCCUAGGCCAGACCGUGCUGCCCGCUCACUGGGUGGGCGUCAUGGCCAAAGGCCCCGUCCUCCAGCUCCUGCAGUGCUCCAAACUCUCCACCAUGGCUGACACGGUGGUCCAGAUCGAGAAGGGCUUCUUCUACCAGGUCAGUGUCCAGAACCAGCCUCUGCUGCUGAUGCACGCCGUCUACUCACGCCACCCCACCUGCCUCGAGUCGGUCGAAGACGUGGUGUCGCUCUUGCUGGACUUGGAGGGGCUGGGUGUGUGUCAGGGCUACCAGAACUUCCACAUGGGCUCACCGUGGGAGCCUAGAAUGAGCGUGAGAGCGGCUCUGUGCGAUUUACUCAUUCCCAAGGACGAGGAACAGUGUCCAAAAUGCACACAGCCUGUGGAGGGUUGAGCAGCCGUGCGAGAAUUUACUGUGAGUUCUAGUAGUUCGAGAGAAUCUUCCACCAGUUUUUAAGCUUAUAGUGCAGUCAGAGCUGUUUCCGACCUCAUGAUGAAUUGACAUCUAAAAUGGUGCUUCUUAUUUUGUUUAGUUUUUUUUUUUUUAUAAAGAAGUUAGUGACACAACCUUCAAAAAAAGGACUCGUAAAACACUGAGUUUUACCGAAAUCCCUUCUUUUCGUUGCUUUCUAGUUGGGUUUAGGACAUAAAUACAUUCAGUUCUCAUUUAAACUACCUCUUCAUUAUUUUAUGAAUCACCUCCCACGUGCCCUUAUUGAUUCAGACGUUUGGUGAACAAGUUUAUUGUAGUACAAUGAGAAGUAUGGAAGCGUGACUUUUUUUUCUUGUAAUCGC